CCAUCAAGGCUUGCUCGAGUCUGCCUCAAGGCAUCCAAGCCCACACUGGUCUGCGACUGCUAACAUACUAUCGGCAUCAGCAACCCACAAAGCCCACGAGGGAAUCCCAACGACUUGCGCGUUUGGCAUCCUUGUCGCCAGCCUAUCCAGUUCGCUCCUUGGCUUUGGCUGAAAGGGAUCCAGACAUGGUGCUGGUGCUUGAGUGACUCCGAGAGUAGUAGUCGCGAUAUCGUGCCUUGACCGACUCGGCAGCCUAGUCGCUCCAGAAUCGCCGCCAUGUCCAACAUUGGCAACGAUGUCACUGCCGCCAGCAACAAUGUUAACAAUGGCGGCAACGCGGCUGCGCCCCCGGCAGGCGCCGCUCCAGGCACGGCCGCGUUCGCGCCGCAGCAACCUGCUGCCACAGCUCCUAUGACUGCGACAGCGAUCACACCUGGUGCGGCGGCCGCGCCGCCGCCCCCUCCCGCCAACCAGGACCUCAACAAAAUUGUCACAGACUAUCUGGUGAAGAAAGGCUUCAAUCGGACAAAUGCAGUUUUCACGCAGGAGAUCAGAGAUCUGGAUGAAUCGGGAAAGCCAAGGCCCAGCGCAGAUCUCAGGAGCGCUGGUCGAUUCCUCAAAGCCUUCACACACCUCGAGAAGUGGGUUGAGAAUGGACUAGAUCUUCACAAGUUCGAGCUAUGGAAGGUCAUGUGGCCUGUCUUCGUCUAUUUCUACCUCGGACUUGUCAGCCAAGGCUCAUAUGCACACGCCGAAGAGUUCCUGGAUAGAUUUAGAGGCCUCUUUGAGAACUCUCAUCGGGAAGAGUUGCAGCGGAUCGCAACCAUAAAAUCUGCCACACACGCGAAGGAAAAUCAGGUGUCGCAGCUCUAUCUGAACAACAGGUAUCGCAUCCCUAUGAGUAUCCAGGUUUCUGGCCGUCUGUUCAGUUUUCUGGAGCGCGAUGAAGACCUCAACCAACCGACCAUAGAGGUCUUGCAGGAGCGCUGCUCUCUCGACGUCGUCGAACGAGGACCACUAGAACCCUUCAGUUUCGAGGCAAUCUACCGCCGAGCCCAACAAAUGGAGCUGGACGAUGUCGAUGCUCAGGAGGGUCUUCCGGGAUCAGACCGACGAACUGGCGUCACAAAUAGGGAUAUCCUCGACAACACCGCGGCUCUCAAGUUGGGUCCUCUGCCGAUGGACCCUGAGCUCCGGACGGACGUCGCAGCUGAGCUUGAGGAUGAGGACAAGGCUCACCCUCCGAAGGAUGGCAAACCGACACUUGUGGACGAGUUCAACCAGAUGCACCCUAUCAAGAAAGAAUUCGAAGACUCGCCAUCACGGACAGAUAUACCAUAUCCUCCCUCCCGCGCAAGAGACGUUGUUAUGGAAAUGCAAAAAGUCCGCGAGAACCGUGACCGGUUCCGCAUCGAAGGUCGAACCGGUGGUGUCGGUCCUGCCGCUUCCGUGUGCAUGUUUACGUUCCAUAACACACUGGGGAACGUCUCCGCUAUGGACUUUUCCAAGGAUAGUAAACUUGUGGCUGUCGGCACGACUGAUUCGUAUAUCCGGGUAUGGUCACUUGAUGGCAAAGAGCUUAAGUCGAAAAUGCCCAACGACACGUUCGCUACCAAUAACCGAAAGCUCAUUGGCCACUCUGCCCCGGUGUAUUCAGUCUCUUUUGCAGACUCGAUCGCCAAUGCUGAGCGCGACAUCUUCGAAGGUGAUUCGAAGCCCGAAACGGAUACAAAGCUCUUGUUGUCGUGCUCUGCCGAUGGCCAAAUCCGCCUCUGGUCGCUCGAGGUCUGGUCCUGCCUCUGCAUCUACAAAGGCCAUGAUGGCCCGGUAAUGAGUCUCUCUUGGGGACCUCACGGCCAUUAUUUUGCCAGUGGCGGUUGGGACAAAACUGUCCGGAUAUGGGCACAGGACCAUGCCUCUGCGCAGCGAUUGUGCGUGGGUCAUGACACUGCGAUCUCGGCGCUCACGUGGCAUCCCAAUGGCGCUUACGUGUUCUCCGCGUCGGACGAGUCGGACAAGUCCGUGCGAAUGUGGUCAGUCUCUACAGGCACUUGCGUUCGCGUCUUUUCGGGCCACACAGAUCAUAUUACCGCGCUUGAAUGCGCGCCGAACGGAAAACUCUUGGCUUCGGGCGAUGUCGGUGGCAAUAUUUUCCUCUGGGACAUCGCCAAAGGCGAGCGAAUCAAGCGUUGCCGUGGGCACGGGCGUGGCGGUAUAUGGUCUAUGAGCUUCAGCGUUGAAAGCAGUGUCCUUGCUUCGGGUGGUCAAGACAAUACAGUUCGCAUCUGGGACGUCGAGCUACCUGCAGAAGGCAAGGCUUUAACACAACAGUCGGAGGGAGACGCAGCAGCGGCGGCGACCGCUGGUCAGGGAGAUGGUAAAGCUGCAGCUCCGACUAAUGCCAACGCAAGUGGCAUCAGUGGCACUACAAGCAAGAAAAGGGGCAAAGAUGUGACGGUCACGCCCGACCAGAUCAGCGCCUUCCCGACCAAAAAGACGCCUGUGCUCAAGGUGCAAUUCACACGGAUGAACCUGGUGGUUGCGGGCGGCUGCUACCUGCCAGAAACCCAGGACCGAGAUACACCACGAUGAAAUCAAUCUGCAUCUCACGUUCGUCAGCCCGUCUCAAAGGUGCCACCCUCGUGUCGAAUUAAGUUCACGAGCCUUAAGAGACAGACCAGACACUUGUCUAUCUGUUUGCGGCUCGAAGCGCAUAGCCCGAUGACUGAGAAAGCAGUAGCGUCGCGCUUCGGUAUUGGCCACGCAAGCUUAUUUCAAAAAGUGGCUUUGAAGUAUCCGGGCGUUAGAUAGGCGUUCUAGGGUGGGGAACCAGAUGAACAAGCGUGCUUUACAUGGUCUCAACGAUGCAUAACUAGUUGACAACUUCGGCAUAGAACGAUGUGGCCAUGCCUCUCCACCUUGGCCUUAUUGGGCUGCAAUAUUUUGCCACGAUGGGACAGUGAUAAACCUGCGUAGCUUUGUGCCACAAAGUAGCCAUGUUUGACCGCUGUGCACAUUCCAUUGUGGGAGCCUGUGAAUCGAUCUGUCGCC